CUGCGGCCCACAAUGCACUGCGGCUCAGAGCGUUCAAAUUCCAGUUUUUCCUGUUUUUCUGUAAAUGUCAGGCGGACUGCGGAGAGUCGCAUCAGAGGGGAGACAUUGUUGGAGAAGAUUAGCGGCAAACUCUUCCACCGCUUUGCCCCACCCAGUGCCAGCCACACCCCUCCGCACCAUGUACACCACCAGAACGGGGCAGGGAGGCGGCGAGGCCGCAGUGGUGGACCUCCGCAGUGACACCCUGACCAAGCCGUGCGCCGAGAUGAGAAGAGCGAUGGCCGAGGCGGAAGUCGGGGACGAUGUCUACGGAGAAGAUCCCACUGUGAACGAGAUUCAGCGCCGCGCCGCCCAACUCUUCGGAACACAAAACGCUCUCUUAGCCUGUUCCGGCACAAUGGGGAAUCUGAUUGCAGUGAUGAGUCAUUGUCGGAGGAGAGGGGCCGAGGUCCUGCUUGGGGACGAAUCUCACAUGAACAUCUAUGAACAGGGGAGCAUUGCGCAGGUGGCAGGAGUGUUUCCUCGCACGGUGAGGACACUAAAAGACGGCCGUCUGGACCUGGAAGACCUGGAAAGUAAAAUCCAGCAUGGGUACCCGGAUAUCCAUUUCGCUCAGACGCAACUAAUCUGCCUGGAAAACACCCACAACCGCAUGGGAGGGCGUGUCCUUCCGCUCUCCUACAUGAAAGAGGUUCGGGACAUCGCCGAUCGCUACGGGCUGAAGGUCCAUCUGGACGGGGCGCGGCUGAUAAAUGCCGCCGUGUCGCUGGGGGUGGAAACUGCAGAGAUUGUGAAAUACUGCGACUCCGUGUCCCUCUGUCUAUCCAAGGGACUUGGGGCUCCAACGGGCUCAUUGCUCGGCGGGACGGCAGAAUUUGUAGCAGACGCGCGGCGAAUCAGGAAGCUGCUUGGGGGAGCGUUGCGCCAGGCCGGUGUCAUUGCAGCUCCCGGGUUGGUGGCGUUGAAACAUUCGCGGGAAAACCUGACAUUAGAUCACCAAAAUGCCAAAGCCUUUGCCGCCGCGGUGCAGGAACUGGGCUCUCCUCUCUGUCUCGUGGACCCGGCCGACGUGGACAGUAAUAUGGUGAUGCUCUCGCUCCCUGGCAGACUGAUGGGAGAGGAUCUAUGUGAGCAGCUGGGCGCAGUGACACCUGAAGAGCAGGAAAAUGGACGGGGGGUGGUGGUGAAGGCUCUAUCGCUUUCGCCUCGCCAGGUGCGCCUUGUGUGGCACCGCGACCUUUCGGCGCAGGACACCCAGCGGGCGUUAGAGAAGCUGAAAUCCGUGCUCGGGAAGUACAGCAAUGAAGCUGCGUAAGUUGGGACAGACGCAGACAAGAGGAGCGACGUGUGACGCCCCCAAGUGACCCCAAUCCCUUCACACUCCUGCUGGAUCUGAGCCGCGGUCAUUAUCCGGUGAUGUGCACCAGACAAGAGGAGCGACGUGUGACGCCCCCCAAGUGUCCCCAAUUCCUUCGCACUCCUGCUGGAUCUGAGCCACGGUCAUCAUCCGGUGAUGUGCAUCACACAAAGGUCUUCAAAUUAGGAAAAUGAAAGAAAAUUCAGGAAAUUUCACAGCUUUUUACAUUUUCUUUAAUCAAUUUUAAAUACUUCACCAACCACAAAGCUAAAAAAAAAAAUAUAUAAAUUGCUGCUCACCAGUUCUUGGAUGUGCUGGCUGCAUUUGUUUUUUUAUUUUGUGUAUUUUCUGUUCUAUUUUCACCUGGUCAUUCUGCCAGUAAC